CCUGAAAUUUUUUCCGCCUCCACCCCCCGCCCUUUCUUUCCUCUCGCCCACCGUUUUCCUCCUCUGUUCUUGAUCUUUGCCCUGUGCAUUUACGGUCCUGCCCCCUGUGGGCCCCACCGCCUGCCUUUCUCUUUAUCUGUUUUUUUUUUGCCCGAGACCAUCUGCCUCCCCUUGUUUUGGUUUGCCCUUUUCCCUUUUUUUUUUCCUUCGUCCGCAGCCAGAAGAGAGAGGGAGAGAGAGAAAAGAAAACUCUCUUUCUCUCCGUCUUUCUUUUCUUUUCGACGGCUCGGGGCCCCGCUGACGUGGCGAGGGACAAAGCAGAGCCGUCGAUAUGUCGCUCAGCGAGAAGCUGGAGGCGGCGCGUGUCGCUCUCGGCAAGCGCAAGGAGCGCGAGCGCGAGCUGCAGGCCGCGCAGGCGCAGGCGCAGGCCCCCGUGCCGGCUAAAGCCGAGCCGGGGAAGCCGGCUCUGGCUGGCCCCGCCGGCGGCAACAAGCUGCUGGCCGGCCACCUGGCCCAUGAGUUCCUCGCCCACGGCACGCUGCUGGGGCGACGGAUCGAGCCGAGCCACGCGAGACCCGCUCCGGCGGCGCGAGCCGAGCCGGACCCGAAGAGGAGGUACGCCGAGGUGUCCUGGCUGCUGAUGACCAGCGGGGCCCACAUCCCCGGCGUCGUUAACCCGGCGCAGCUCGGCCGCUGGCUGCAGAUUAAGGACUGACCGGCGGACAGGUGGCGCAGCGCCAUUGGCCGGGAGCCGCCGAUCGACGGCGACCCGCGAGGCUUUUGUUCCGGCCUGCUGCUGCAAGAGAACCGGACCCGAUUCUUGCCUGCUGGAAACAUCAUCAAGUGGUUUCGCCAUUCCCGCCUCCUCUGCUGUGUGCUCUGCUCCCCUUUUUUUUUCACUUAUGUUAGAUUCUCUAGAUCUAGCGAGAUCGAUGAAAGCAUCAGCCUUGUACUAGAUUUUAUUCGACGCAUCGUUACAUUACAUACUGUUUUAAAUUUGUUGUAGUGUCAUGUAUCCCCAUGUAUCCAUCCCCUGUCUCUCUGCAUGAAGUCGUGUGUGUCGGAUGGCUUGACGAGCUCCCAUCUCGUGUGUUCUCACUGUAGCCUGUUGCUCUCUCUACUGAUGAGCACAGCCACAGCCAAGAGCUGAUAAGCUCACAUGCAUACUCGCAUGGCGAAAACGGUGCUGCGGCGGCAGCCGGCACCGGCAGGCAGGGCGACGAACAUUGCGUGCGUGUCGUUGCAUCGGUGGAGUGGCAAAGGCUCUGGCUGGCGUGGUGUAGUGGUUGGCGUGGGGCUGUGGCCUGUGGGUUUCUUAUAUGGAAGAACACCAGCUUGAAACACCGUUGUUGUUUUUUUUCUUU